UGCAUUUAUUGGACGCGUCUUGGUUGGGUGUAAACACGUGGGCCAACUUGCCUUAAGAGUGAGACGCGUAGAGAAGAUUAAUGCAUGCACACUAAGUGUUGGAUUAAUUGGAGAAAGCUAUCCGUACUGCUAAUCAAUCCUCUUUCUUCUCCUAACCAAGAUUCAAAUGGCUUUCAGAUGAAAUGAUGGUACCAGGCGAGGGUACAUCUGACAAGAGGCAGAGGCCUCAAAAGAGAGUGUUCGGCAAUCGUGGUGGGAAGAUAAGGCCUCAACGCAAAGAAGACAGUAAAAAAGAACACACUUCACAUGAGCCAGUCUCUCCUAAGCAAGAUCGCAUUAUAAACUCUCCAUCAUCUCGUACAAUUUCCUCACCGGCUAAACGUUCAAGCACGAGUGCAUCUCCAUCAACACCCAAGAAGCGAACAAGCCAUUUCUCUACUCCAAGUUCUUCACCGUACAGUGAUCUGGAUUUGUCCAAAGACGUGUUCGAACGUUUAAGUCCAAAGAAGGCCAAAUUGAAUCGAAUGAGUAAAAGUCCAGCCGACGCAAGGAGAGCAUAUCGAUCACAACUUCUUCUCGCUGAUGAUGAUGAAGAUGAUGGUCAAGCUGAAGAUGGACUAAAAUCUGGACCGCUUGAGAAUAAUUUUGUAGCCCGUCCUUCCCGACUAGCAUAUGCUUCUCGAAUGGCUCCCAAAAAGGCCAAGGAACCAGUUGAGCCUUCAUCCCCUUGCUCUGAUCUAGACAAAGAGACCGGUGCCUGGAAAUCCGGCAAAGACUCUCAGGAAACAGAAGCUGGUGAAGAGCGAGGCAGAAUAGUUCCCAUCAACAAAACGCUCAUGCAAGAUGUCUUUGAUACAGAGUCACUAUCAAGCAAAAGUCUAGAAAGAUGGAGUCAAAAGACAGAAGAAAUGGAUGUGGCAUCGAUACCAACUACAUUUCAAACGGAUUGGAAGAAUCUUGAAGAAAUGGAUGAAGAGGUUGAGGGAUCCAAUGAUAUUCGUUCGAUCGUCAAUUUACGCACUGCAGGCACAAAUCUUCGAAGUGCAGCGGAGAUUGAUGACAUUUUGUGUGGUUUGGCUAUCAAGAAUCGAGUAGGUGCUCGUAAGGCAACCUGCAUUGAGCUAAUAAAGCUUCUAAUGGAUGCACCUCAAGAUGGGGAGUUCCCUGUGGACUGGAAACCGACACCAGCAUCUUCCUCAACGUUCAUAACGACUGUUCGACGGACAAGUACGACUGCAAAUCUUCUUUCUGCUCUGCAAAAAGCUGGCGCUGGAGAAGGUAAAGAUGCCACUUUUGAUGUAUCGAUCGGUCUAGCUUUCACGCGACUUUUCGAAGGGAAAAGUCUGGAUGAAGUCAUGACAAUCUUACCAAGCUUCUUGAGCACCGUGAAGGAAAUUCUCUCGGCAUCAUACCACCUUCCGCUCAAGCGCGAUAAGCAUCACGAUCUAUUGCAAAAGCUGGCAAGUACCCUGCAAACAUUUCGGCUUUCGGAGGAGAUCCUGAAACCGGAUCGAGUUAUCCUUCAAGCUUUGGUGAUGAUGCUCUCUGUGCAACCCAAGAAUGCAGAAGAGGUGCAAGCACCUACACCUUCGCCUAGCUUUGCUGGAGAUUUGCAAAGCUUGGAAAAAGCGCUUUGGGAUCGACUGUUUGAAUGGUCAGCAGCCAUAACUUUCGAAGGGGAAGACGCAGAUGUGCAUAAGCUUGCAAGCAAGUGUCUUUCCAUUCGGCAGGCCUGCGUCCUCCUAAGGCUUUUAGGUGUAAGGUAUCGUGACAUCUCUUCCAUGAAUUCCAAGCAGUUAGGUGAAUUGGUGCAGCUUAAUGAUCAUCUUGGCAACCAGAUCGGAUGCCAAGAUGAUGAUUUGUCUCACGCGAGUGCAGAAGCUCUUCAAGCAUGUUUGCAAUUUCAAGUUAGCCUGACGAAUCAAGAUCAAAGUGAAAAUUGCAAGGCGAUGCUUUCUGUCUCUGAUGUGGCAGCUCUACAUCUGGCAAAUAUUAUUGUCAAGUCUGCUGAUGUGGCCAACGAUAUGGACCGUGACGAUGUUCACAAUAUUCGAUUGCUCGACUUGGCCGCAUUGGCAUUGGGUAUAUUGACGGAUUUGUUGCAAAAUGAAGCAAAUCAGACGAUUCGGCAAUUGUCAGAUUGUGAUGCUGUUACCAAGAUGACAACUCUGUUCUUGUAUACGUCACAGCAGACAGAUAAUCAGCAUUCGACCUUAUUCGCAGGCUGCCUAGCCUUCUUUCUAUCUCUUUUGAUCGUAAAGGCUGAAGAUGCUGAAGAGGACCUCAUCAGUCAUGCCAUAUGUGAAAAGAUGAACAAUGCGACCCCUAAAGAGUUUUGCAUAAAACACAAACUGGCGGAAAGCUUAGAUGGAUUUGCAUGUUCAGCCAAAGAAGAACAAAUACCGUCUGAAGCAGGAGAGCAACAUUCAGCACACAAGCAAGAAACGCUAUUGAUCCGGGAAUUGUCGGAUCGACUCCGAAGAAGCAAAGAGCAAGCAACGCCGUCGGAAUAGACAAGAGGGUUUUUCCCACAUGUAUUUCUCCCCCAUCAUAAUUUCAUAUUUAGCAUUUGUAUUAUACAUUACACAUCGUCGAUCGGUCCCGCGUUUAAUCAAUUCAAAC